AGGAAUCGCCAGGUGGCACAUACUUAUCAGCAAACGAACGGCGGGAGGCGCACCACGUUCACACCUGGAUGCGUUCUUAUCCGCGCGAUCCAACGGACCCGCCCAUUCCCCACCAUUGCUCUCCAGUCGUCCUCGAGCUUCAAAUCUCUCGAGGACACGAACCCUCGACAAAAUUUUCCCUCCUUUUCGUUUUCUUUUCUUUUGAAAUAAUUCGUUUUCUUUUCGUAGUUCCUGUUCUUGCAUCAUGCACAGGUGUUGAUGCUUCGAUUCAUUGCGUCAGCGUCAGCAUCAGGCGCCUGCUCUGCAUCCUCUCGGCGGCCUUGCUGCUCUGCUUGUUGAAUUGAGGCAGAGGAGGAGGAGGAGGAGGAGGAGGGAGGCGGGCGGGGAUGCCGGACUCGGACAACGACUCCGGCGGCCCGAGCAACGCCGGCGGCGAGCUUUCGUCGCCGCGGGAGCAGGACCGGUUCCUCCCCAUCGCGAACGUGAGCCGGAUCAUGAAGAAGGCGCUCCCCGCGAACGCCAAGAUCAGCAAGGACGCCAAGGAGACGGUGCAGGAGUGCGUCUCCGAGUUCAUCUCCUUCAUCACCGGCGAGGCCUCCGACAAGUGCCAGCGCGAGAAGCGCAAGACCAUCAACGGCGACGACCUGCUCUGGGCCAUGACCACGCUCGGCUUCGAGGACUACGUCGAGCCGCUCAAGCACUACCUCCACAAGUUCCGCGAGAUCGAGGGCGAGAGGGCCGCCGCCUCCUCGGGCGCCUCGGGCUCCGCAGCCGCGCAGCAGCAGGGCGACGUGGCGAGGGGAGCUGCCAAUGCCGGCGGGUACGCCGGGUACGGCGCGCCCGGCGCCGGCGGCAUGAUGAUGAUGAUGGGGCAGCCCAUGUACGGCUCGCCGCAGCAGCAGCAACAGCAACCGCCGCCACAGCAGCAGCAGCACCAACAGCAUCAUCACAUGGCAAUGGGAGGCAGAGGGGGUUACGGCCAUCAAGGAGGCGGCGGUGGCGGUGGCUCGUCGUCGUCGUCGGGGCUUGGCCGGCAAGACAGGGCGUGAAUCGCCAUGAUACCCUUCACUGCGCUGAAUCGCUGAUACGAGUCCAUAUUACCCAAUUGACAAAGCACCUUGUUCUUCCUGUUGAUGUAUGUUUUACUGAUGAAUUAAUCUGAGGCUCCGAUUCGAAGCGGCGAAUUACUCCCCGUUUCAUACGAGAAUUGAACUUGCGUUUUGGAUGAA